GUUAAAUCUUUUCUGCUUACUGAAAAGGAAGAGUUGUCCUCUUUGCGUUUGUAAAGCUUUGGAGACAUUGAAUCAUGUUACCAUUUCUGUUUUUUUCCACCCUGUUUUCUUCCAUAUUUACUGAAGCUCAGAAGCAGUAUUGGGUCUGCAACUCAUCCGAUGCAAGUAUUUCAUACACCUACUGUGGGAGAGAUUUAAAGCAAUUAUAUUUCAAUCUCUAUAUAACUGUCAACACCAUGAAUCUUCCAAAGCGCAAAGAAGUUAUUUGCCGAGGAUCUGAUGACGAUUACUCUUUUUGCAGAGCUCUGAAGGGAGAGACUGUGAAUACAACAAUAUCAUUCUCCUUCAAGGGAAUAAAAUUUUCUAAGGGAAAAUACAAAUGUGUUGUUGAAGCUAUUUCCGGGAGCCCAGAAGAAAUGCUCUUUUGCUUGGAGUUUGUCAUCCUACACCAACCUAAUUCAAAUUAGAAUAAAUUGAGUAUUUAAAAAAAAUUUUAAAGGUAUUGUUCCUGUUUUAAGGGUACCCAGGAUUUGUUUUAAUCAGAUAUGGUAGGACAGGAAGACACAGAAAUGACUGUCAUGAAGAAAGAAGCUUAUCCUCACAGAUCUCUAGGAAACGGAGGCAUGGUGCAUCAUGCAGAGCCACCUGGGGAAGCACCAGUGUCUGUGAGAGUGUGGAGGAAGGGGAAGAGAAUGUGGGCAAGAGUGUUUAUUAUGUUUUCCACAGGAAGCAAUGGGCAAGGUAGGGUAAGUAAUUGAUAUGGUUUGGCUGUGUCCCCAUUCAAAUCUCAUCUUGAAUUGUAGUUCCCAUAAUCCCCACAUGUCAUGGGGGACCCAGUGGGAGGUAAUUCAAUCAUGGGGGUGGUUACCUCCAUGCUGUUCUCAUGAUAGUGAAUGAGUUCUCGUGAGAUCUGAUGGUUUUAUAAGGAGCUUUCCCCACCCACCCUUUUGCUCUGCACUUCACCUUCCUGCCACCAUACGAAGAAGGACGCGUUUGCUUCCCCUUCUGCCAUGAUUGUUUCCUGAGGCCUCCCCAGCCCUGCAGAGCCGUGAGUCAGUUAAACCUCUUUCCUUUAUUUUACUUAUUGUUUUGAGAUGGAGUCUCACUCUGUCACCCAGGCUGGAGUGCAGUGGCGCCAUCUCGGCUCACUGCAACCUCUGCCUUCCAGGUUCAAGUGAUUCUCCUGCGUCAGCCUCCCAAGUAGCUGGGAUUACAGGCACCUGCCAUCACACCUGGCUAAUUUUUGUAUUUUUAGUAGAGAUGGGGUUUCACCAUAUUGGUCAGGCUGGUCUUGAACUCCUGACCUCAGGUGAUCAGACUCCCAAAGUGCUGGGAUUACAGGCAUGAGCCACUGCGCCCAACCUAAACCUCUUUCCUUUAGAAAUUACCCAGUCUUGGGUAUUUCUUCAUAGUAGCGUGAGAAUGGACUAAUACAGCAGUGUUGACCUAAAAGGAAGAAGCUGAGACAGAAUUAGUGUAAGUAGAGAGUUUAUUUGGGCCAAGCUUGAGGACUGCAUCCUGGGAGCAUGGCAACUUGAGUUGCCCUGAAUAUAUACUCCAUAAAUUAGCAGCAGUUACAAGAGGGUUUUUAAAGGGAAAGAAGAGGGAGUUUCUGAGUUGUUUACCAAGAAUUUACAUUAAAAAGGCUGGGUGCAGUGGCUCACACCUGUAAUCCCAUCAAUUUGGGAGGCUGAGGCGGGCAGAUCACCUGAGGUCAGGAGUUUGAGACCAGCCUGGCCAACAUGGUGAAAUCCUGUCUCUUCUAAAAAUACAGAAAUUAGCUGGGCCUGGUGGCAUGCGCCUGUAAUCCCAGCUACUCGGAAGGCUGAGGCAGGAGAAUCGCUUGAACCCGGGAGGUGAAGGUUGUAGUGAGCCAAGAUUGUGCCACUGCACUCCAGCCUGGUGACAGAAGUGUUUUUGGUGAAGUUUAUAGAAACAAAAGGAUGGGGUCUUUUCUGCUUGGAGACCCCUCUCUCUAUAUAGAGAAAGCUGUUUCUCUUUCUCUUCUCUUCUGCCUAUUAAACCUCCACUCCUAAACUCCUCGUGUGUGUUUGUGUCCUAAGUUUUCCUGGUGCAAGAUGACAAACCCUGGGUUUAUACUCCAGACAGCGUAGCAGCUUCAUAUUGGAGGUUCAUCUGGGAUACCAAAGUACAACGUUCAUUGAAACGGUGAGCAGAGGAGCAGACUCCAACUCUGUCCUUUCAUUUCAAGGCUGUCAGCCUCCAUUUAAGAACCAAAUCAAACCAACUACUGGGCCACCUUCAGCCAUUUAAAAAUGAUUAGCAUGGCUGCCAGCCUUAUAAGACUUGGAGGAUAGGCUUUCUGGAGAGAACAUGGAGAAUCCCCGAGUACCCAUGGGUUGUUGGGCAUAUUGGCCCUGUUUGAACCAGCUUACUUUCAGAGAGGACUUAGCUGUUGCAUGGAGCUGGAAGAGGUUUUGGAGCAACUGAGGAUUUCUGGCUGGGGCUACCCCCGUGUUAUCCAAAGGCUUCUGGACUGACCCCAGCUUCCGACCACCUGAUAGGGUGUCAGUAAUAGGAUCGCCACCUUUCCUAUUGUAAUUUCCUCCUUUCCUGUCCACGACCACCAUAUCUCUCAUCCUCUCUGUAUAAAAUCCGGAGUAUAUGCCGCCUGCUGGUCUUUUCCACUUGGAGACUAUUUCUCUUUCUUUUCUCUUCUGCCUAUUAAACCUCUCUCUGCUCCAAAAAAACAAAACACAAAAAGACAUAAGGAUGUGUUUUUUGCUAAAGAAAAUGUAAUUUUGCUGGGUGUGGUGGCUCACGCCUGUAAUCCCAGCACUUUGGGAAUCCAAAGCGGGCAGAUCACAAGGUUAGGAGUUCGAGACCAGCCUGGCCAGUAUGGUGAAACCCCGUCUCUACUGAAAAUACAAAAAUUAGCCGGGUGUGGUGGCGGGCACCUGUAAUCCCAGCUACUUAGGAGGCUGAGGCUGAGGCAAGAGAAUUGCUUGAACCCAGGAGGCGGAGGUUGCGGUGAGCCGAGAUCGUGCCACUACUGCACUCCAGCCUGGGCGACAGAGUGAGACUCUGUCUCAAAAAAAAAAAAAAAGUAAUUUUUUUUUAGUUAAGUGACUAUUUAAGAGUUGCUUUAGAGUAAAGGAAAAAUUAUACAGAUAAAACUAAAUGGAUAAAGAGAAAAACUAAGCCCAGGCAACAAAAUUACCUCUGAGACCUGUGGUUACCAAGAAGACAGUCAAUGUGGAGGAAGGGCAAAAUUAAGCAACCAUUAAAACCAGAGGGUAGCCAGGCAUGGUGGCUUCUGCCUGUAAUCGCACCACUUUGGGAGGCCAAGGUGGGUGGGUCACCUGAGGUCAGGAGUUCCAGACUAGCCUGGCCAAGACGGUGAAACCCUCAUCUCUAUUAAAAAUACAAAAAUUAUCUGGUAGUGGUGGCGCACGCCUGUAAUCCCAGCUACUUUGGAUGCUGAGGAGUGAGAAUCUCUUGCACCCAGGAGGCGGAGGUUGCAGUGAGCCGAAAUUGUGCCACUGCACUCCAGCGUGGGUGGCAGAGCAAGAUCCUGUCUCAAAAAACAAAAACAAAACAAAACAAAAAAACAACCAACCAACCAAACAUAAAACCCGGAAAGCCGCAGGGGACUGUGUAAAUGAAUUGUUCCAUUUUGUAGAUUGGUAUCAUCAUCUCCCUGAGAAACCUUUACUACAAUUAAGGGAGGAGACCACCCCUCAUAUUGUCUUAUGCCCAGUUUCUGCCUCCAAAGGAAGAAGAAGUAAAAACUAAAAGGCAGAAAUGAAAUCCACAGGCAGACAGCCCCGCGUGCUGCGCCCUGGGCCUGGUAAAGAUCAACCCCUGACCGAUUCCAGACAUUGUAUGGAAAAGCGUUGUGAAAAUCCCUGUCCUGUUCUGUUCUGUUCUGUUCUGAUUACCUGUGCAUGCAGCCCCCUGUCAUGUACCCCCUGCUUGCUCAACCGAUCACGACCCUCUUACGCGGACCCCCUUAGAGUUGUAAGCCCUUAAAAGGGACAGGAAAUGCUCACUCGGAGAGCUCGGUUUUUGGAGAUGUGAGUCUGCCCGGUGCUUCCAGCUGAAUAAAGCCCUUUCCUUCCACAA